AUGCGUUCCGAACCCCGUGCCACGGUCAAGUUUUUACUUUUCUUCGUGGCUCUCGGCAGUCUCAGCUACGGUUGUGCAUCCAGCAUCAUUGCUACCACGCUAGGUCAGCCGACAUUCUUGAAUUACUCCGCCCUGGACUCAAGACAUAAUGUCAACGAUCUUAUGGGGGCUAUCAAGGGAUUCUUUCAAGCUGGAGGCUUUCUAGGUACAUUAAGCUGCUAUGCAAUCGCAGAUGCCUUUGGUCGUCGAAAGGCCAUUUUGGUUGCGGCGCUGAUCUCGACCAUCGGUGGAGCCCUUCAGGCUGGAAGCGUCAACAUCGGCAUGUUCAUUGCCAUGCGUUUUCUCACUGGUAUCGGCAUAGGCAAGUUAGCGAAUGCGUUGAUGGCGCAGAUUGCAGACUAA